CUUUGCGCUCUCGUGUCCUCCGUUAGAUUCCCUCUGACCGGCCUUUAUCGCACGUCCCCCUCCGGUGCCCGCUUCUGUUCUGCACCCGCAUUCCCGGCGCGCUUGGAGAUUCAUUCUUUGAAAGGAAGGAUAAAGUGGGUAGACCUUCCACUGUGAUGUUCGGGAACUUCUUCUCCCACCUGGGUCCGAGAAUCUGGGUGCUUUUUCCCCUGUUUUCCGGAAUACUGGGUGACUGUAGUCCUCCACCAGCAUUGAAAUUUGCUAAGCCAUACAAACCUAUUAAAUCUAGCUACAAACCUUUUGAGUCAGUAGUCUAUGAAUGUCUUCCUGGCUACGAACAAAACCACAGCAAAAAAUAUAUCACAACCUGUUUUCCAGACACAGGAUGGAACCAUAUAGAAGAGUUUUGUGAGCGUGGCUGUGAGACUCCACAAGAGACCAGAUUUACCGUAGUGGAACAUUAUGAUCUUUCUUUCUAUUCUGUGGGAUCUGUUGUGAACCAUAUUUGCCAUCGAAGUGCUGAGCACAUCCCUGGUCAUCCAAAAAGGCCUGCUAUUACUUGUCUUUCAAAUUAUACCUGGUCGCCAGUCCCAGUUUUUUGUAAAGGAAAAUCGUGUGGUGAUCCAGGAAAACCAGAAAAUGGUGACCGCAUUAUUCUAACGGAUUUCCUGCUAAGAGCAGAAGUAAAUUUCAUCUGUAACGAAGAGUACCAAUUAAUUGGAUCACCUACAAGCCAGUGUUUACCACGUGGAUUGUUUAAUAACACAGUCGUAUGGAAACCAGAGCCUCCAAUAUGUUCCAGGCUCACUUGUCCUCCUCCUCCAGGAAUAAUGAAUGGAAAUUAUACUGGAGGAAAGAAUGGAAGUUUUCCCCUUAACUCAGUAGUAACCUAUAUUUGUGAUCCUGGCUUUUCACUUUUUGGAGACCAUCCUCUGCAUUGUAUAACUGAAGAUAAUAAAACUGGAAUCUGGAGAGGUUCUGUUCCUGAAUGCAAAGGUAACUGCCCACCUCCAGAUCUACCCCCCCAUGCUUCAGUAAAAGAAGUAGACCGAAAAGAGACCUAUUCUGCUGGAACUGUUCUGCAGUUAGAGUGCAUCCCAGGUUAUGAAUAUAUACCUGGAAAAAAACGUUCUACUACAUGUCUUGACACUAAUGAGUGGCUAAAUCUUUCUGAACUUUGUCAAGGAAGGCAAUGUCCCAUUCCACGUAUAGAAAAUGGUAGAAUAAAAUCCAUGAAUGAGCUCCGGCUUGGUGAUGAAGUAAUCCUUGCUUGUAACGAUGGGUUCAGAAUGAUAGGUGGUUCCACCCGUCAGUGUGUUUUGAAAUCGGGCAUGGUUGACUGGAAUAGUGACCUUCCAUAUUGCCAACGUAUUCCUUGUGCUCGCCCUCCUUUAAUUUCCAAUGGAAGGUAUGAUCCUAAUCCUUCAGAUGAGUAUGAUGCUGGCACAAUUGUGAUAUAUCGGUGUGAUGCUGAUUACUCCCUUAUUGGAAAUUCAACUAUUACAUGUACAGUUGCUGCAAAUGGUGUAGAUGGAACAUGGGAUUCACCUGCACCUGAAUGUAAAAAGGUCAAGUGUCGUAGACCAAACAUCCAAGAUGGGAGAGUGGAAGAUGUGUUUCAAGCUUCGUAUUCGUAUAACAGUCGCAUAUCAUUUCGAUGCAAUUCUGGCUACACUUUGGUAGGGGCUGCUUUUGUUAAAUGUGAUGCUGAUAGUACAUGGAAUCCUCCUGUUCCAAGCUGUAUUGAACGUGUAGCCCCCACCCCUACCAAACCAGCCAGACCCCCCACACCUGCUGUUCCUCCUACCCCCCCAAUUCCCCCUAUGCCUGGCACUGUUCCUCCAGAAGACGAUGAGGCUAAAGAAGCUCCAACGUCUUCAACCCCAACUGAAACCACUCCCACAGAUGAAUCAGGAUAUGGCAAAACUGUUGGAAUUGCUAUCGGAACUGUCAUUGCCGGUAUAGCUCUGGCCAUUUUAAUUUUUACAGCUGUGAAAAAGCGAAAAUCUAACCCUCGUCCUUCUUCUUCUGGUACUUAUUGUGUAGCUUCAGAGAAAGAAAUGGCUUUGGAAGAAAAGCAAACAAAAGAUGUGCAAGACUUGGUUUCAAAGUUUACCAAGAAAAAGCAAGUUCUGCUGCCCAAGUCUGGUUCCCCUGUGGCUUUUGUCAUCGCUGAGACUGCAACAGGAGCAAUGAUUUCUGCCUGCACGCUCAACCUUUUGUUUUCUGCUGCAUUUCUGGCUGCUCCUUCAGGGAACCAAGAUAGCUGUGGCUACCCACCUAGGAUAGUUUCUGCUGAGCUAAUGGAUGAAUAUAAAGAAAAAGAUUUCUUUCCUGUUGGAUCGACAGUGAAAUACAAAUGUCGUCCAGGUUACAUGAAAAUCCCAAGGACGUAUUCUAUUACAUGCAAUAGAAACCAGCAGUGGUCAAAAGUUCUGGAGCUCUGUCAAAGAAAACCAUGUGGACAUCCAGGAGAACCAGAGGGUGGCAGAUUGCUCGUAACAGGAGAUUUUCUCUUUGGUUCCACUGUAAAUUACCAGUGUGAGCAAGGGUACAGGCUGAUUGGCAAGUCUUCCAGAAAGUGUAUAAUAUCUAAUAAUAGAAUGGUAUGGACUGAUCAACUUCCCCACUGUGGCAUUAUUCCAUGUUUUCCACCACCAAGUAUUCCCCAUGGCAAGCACAAUGGAAAUCACUUGGAAGAUUUCUUCUAUGGGAUAGCUGUAACAUAUACAUGUGACAAAGGCUACCCUCUUAUUGGAAAUGCCUCUAUUCACUGCACUACCAAGGACGGGAUAAACGGAGAAUGGAGUGGCAGUGCAUAUUGUGGAGUGAUGCAGUGUGCAUCUCCUCAGAUUAAGAAUGGGAGGAUUGUGGCUGGAAUUUCCAGCACCUACAGAUAUAGCCAGAAGGUGAGCUUUGAGUGCACUGGGGGCCACAAGAUGGUUGGCUCCAGAGAGAUCCAUUGCCAAGUGGAUGGUACGUGGCACCCUCCCGUACCUCUCUGUGAACGGGUGGUGCAAUGCCAACCACCCCCAGACAUUCAAAAUGGGACUCGCAGCAACCAGGAAGCAGCAGUAUUUCCCAGUGGAAUGCUUGUGAAAUAUACAUGCGAUCCUGGCUAUGCUCUGAUUGGAGAGGCAACUAUUCAUUGCACAGAUGCUGGCAGGUGGUCUUCUCCUGCCCCUAACUGUGAAGUAGCCACAAGCUGUGUAACUCCAGAAAUUCAUAAUGGAAAAAUACAAUCUCGAGAAGUAAUUACAUUCACAGAAACAAUUACAUUUGAAUGCAAUCCUGGUUAUAACCUGAAAGGAAACCAUACAAUUCAGUGCCAGUCAGACAACACCUGGGACUCUCCUGUACCAAUUUGUGUCAGGGAGGUUGAAUGCAAGUCACCCCCAAAUAUCCAAAAUGGGGCUCACAGCAACCAGGAAGUAGCGGUAUUCAAAAGAGGAAUGUGUGUGAAAUACACCUGCGACCGUGGCUAUACCCUAAUUGGAGAUGCUACUAUGCACUGCACAGAUUCUGGCACAUGGACCUCUCCAGCCCCGCACUGUGAAAAAUCCCGGUGCCCCUUCCCUCCAAGCAUAGCCAAUGGGAAUCAUGAUGGUUUGGCUCUGCAAAUGUUUGCCUCUGAAACGUCUGUAACUUAUUCCUGUGAUCCGGGCUAUUUGCUUAUUGGAAAGGCAUCCGUUACCUGCACGCCUUCUGGAAUCUGGAGCCGUCCUGUGCCUUCCUGUGAAGCUAUGCACUGUCCGCCACCCCCGAAAAUCAUCCACGGGAAGCAUUUGGGAGAAGACUUCACAUAUGGGAAAUCAGUCAUCUAUAUUUGCGAUGCCGGCUAUUCCCACAUUGGAAACCUCAGCAUUACAUGCAUUUGGAACAGCUCAAACUCUGUAAAGUGGAGUGAAGCCCCCAGAUGCCAAGGUUGCCUUGCACCACAAAGUAUUGCCAAUGGCAAACGAGACAAGGCUAUUUUGGGAGAUUUCUCCUACGGCUCCUCUGUGACUUACCAUUGUGAUCCGGGCUACUCUCUUAUCGGAGCACCAACCGUUUACUGCCAGACUUCUGGAACAUGGGAUCAACCUGCCCCUCAGUGUAAAAGCAGAGAAUAUAUGGUGGCUGCCCAACUCCCAGAUGACUCCCACAUGACAAAGGAUGGGAACAAUGAAAUAGAAAAAGCAACUGGAUCAUUCAGAAAAAACACAACACUUUCGCAAAGCAACAAAAUAACCACCAAGGGCUUGGCAACCACCUUAACCCCAGGUCUCAGAGCAAAGCCAGAUGUUCAAAGACUUCCAGAACAACUGAAUGGUGGUAACCAUACAGAUCUCCAGAAGGAUGCUUUUCCAGGGGGCAGACAUUGCAAUGGAGAAGUGGUCGGCAGCACCCUCCCACCACUUCCUAGUGCUAAGAAGGCCGAAACAGAAACUCUGAUUCAGACUGGAGCGAAUGUGACUCUGCAGUGUGAAAAUGGUUAUGUCAGGAAUGAUACUCCUAUUCAAUCUCAGCAGAUGGGAUGGGACACUCCUGUGCCAGUUUGUACAGCAAGUAAACAAAGCUCCUACAAUUUUGCUACUAUAGGUUUUGGUUCUCUGGCUGGUAUCCUGUUGCUUUUCCUUAUUUUUGGUGGCGUGCUAUGGAUUAUGCUUUUGCAAAAGGAAAAACGCAAAUAUACCUAUGAAGCCAAAAAAAUAUAUAGGAGUGUCUAGUUAUGAAGAUUCCCCACUCUAAGAAGAAAACUUUGUCUUCACAGCUACAGGACAAAAUAUUAAUCUUAAGUGGCAGCUUCUUCUGAGCAAGCUAGGAAGUAUUAGCAACAAAUAUCCUGCUGACAUUGAUGGUUGUGCUAUAAGAAGUGAUGAUGAAUGUAUAAUAUACUCCUGGAAAAUAAAUACGAAGCAGAUUUGGU